AAAACUAAGAAGCUUUAUCCACCGCGUGGGGGAAAACGAAGUGUGUUCCAGCAAAAGAAGAUGGCUUUUGUUGUCUCUCCAGUCGCCGGAGCCAAUUCCAUCACCACCGGUUUCUCUCCUCCGACGCCAUCUUCUCCCCAAAACGGUCUUCUCCUCAUCCCCGUUUCCGGAGGCGGUCGUUGUUGUGGUCGGAGUUCCCUGAGAUGCAAUUUUUCCUUGGAGCCACUCUCCCUAUUCCCUGCCUUGGACGAAUUCCAGAGAACAGCGGAUAAAUUACCCGAUCCCCAGAAAUGGGGUUUCGUGGUUUUCGCCGGGCUCACUUGGGUUUACCUGACGGCGAGGCCUGGUGUUCUCAUCGGCGCCAUUGAUGCCUACCUCCUCGCCCCUCUUCAGCUCGGCUUCGACACUCUAACCGGCAGACGGAGACUCAAGAGUUCCGAUUUCUUGGUCGGACAGAAGCUGGGGGAAGGCUCAUUCGGCAUAGUCUAUUCCGGCGUCGUUGUUCCCAAGAAUAUGAAUGUUGAUGAGACAAGGGCUCGCAUGAGAGGUGGGAAAGGCAACGGCUUUGAUGGCGAAUUCAAGAAGAAAGUCAUUCUUAAGAAGGUGAAGGUCGGAGUUCGCGGGGCUGAGGAGUUUGGGGACUACGAAGAGUGGUUCAACUACAGACUUUCAAGGGCUGCUCCUGAAACAUGUGCUGAGUUUCUCGGAAGCUUCAUUGCCGACAAGACAAAUUCACAGUUUACUAAAAAUGGGAAAUGGCUUGUCUGGAGGUUCGAGGGAGACCGUGAUCUCGGUGAUUACAUGAAAGAUCGCAACUUUCCAUUUAAUCUGGAGUCAAUCAUGUUCGGGCGUGUUCUUGAAGGAGUUGAAUCUGUGAAAAGGAGUGGUCUGAUAAUCAAGCAAAUCAUGAGGCAGAUCAUCACGUCUCUGAGGAAGAUUCACGACACGGGCAUUGUUCACAGGGAUGUGAAGCCAGCAAACUUGGUGGUGACGAAAAAGGGGCGGAUCAAGCUCAUAGACUUUGGUGCAGCCACUGAUCUUCGUAUCGGCAAAAAUUACAUCCCCAAUCGGACAUUGCUGGACCCAGACUACUGUCCUCCCGAGCUCUAUGUCCUCCCAGAGGAAACCCCCAGUCCUCCCCCGGAGCCCAUAGCUGCCAUGCUUUCCCCUCUCCUGUGGCAGUUGAACUGUCCGGAUCUGUUUGAUAUGUACUCUGCGGGGAUAGUGCUUCUGCAAAUGGCGAUUCCGAGUAUAAGAUCGUCGGCGGGUCUGAAGAAUUUCAAUGCAGAGAUAAAGUCAGUGGAGUAUGAUCUGAACAAAUGGCGGGAGAGAACAAGGACGAGGCCGGACUUGAAGAUACUUGAUAUGGAAGCGGGGAGAGGGUGGGAUCUGGCCACGAAGCUUAUAUCAGAGAGAGGGUUUCUGAGACGUGGACGGCUCUCCGCAGCCGCUGCUCUCCGUCACCCUUACUUUUUGUUGGGUGGAGAUCAAGCAGCCGCUGUUAUUUCCAAGCUCAGUCUCAGCAAGUAGCUCCUCCUCCUCUCUCUCUCUUUUGGUUUAACUACCCUUUUUGAUGUAAAUGGUGCACUCUGUUUCUUGUCACGGCGGCUCUUCUUGCUGGAGUGAAUUUGCAUAGGAUGGAAUUCGUUAAGGUGAAGAAAAAGGUUCCGACAGGUCAUCAGGCCUUGUGUGUGUCUAUGUCGGGAUUGGAGCAGCAGAGGUGUAUGUAUAUUCAUGUGGAUAAUGUUUGUCUAAAGUCGCUUACCAGUUCACUUAUGUUGUUCACGAUUUGAUUUAA